AUGACGGAGACUCUAGACGAUACCCGCCAUGACAAAACCGUAGUGCUAGAAUGUAGGGAAGAAAGACAAAAGUCUAAAUUAAGUCCAAAAGGCCUGGUACAAAAACAAGUAGUACGGUUUUCUCUCUCCCCCCCAGCACACCAAAAGCCACAGGCGAAACAGGCAUCAGCGAAACCGUCGAAUGCGCCAAAAACCUGCGAGCCUGCAAAAAUGAGAACAGAGAAGAAGGUCGCGCUAGUCACGACCGCAAGAAAAGAGGACAGACUAAGGGAAGAAGAAAAUCAAAUGGAACUAUUGGAAAGGAUAGACAAGCUAAUCGACGACUCCAGGAACCUAAGAGGAGAUAUAAAAGAAGGAAUUAAGAAAGCAAUCAAAUCCCUACGCCAAAUAGCAAAACAAACUAAGGAAGACGAAAGUAGACACAAAAAAGAAGGAAAACGAGAUACAAGGGAAGUUCAAACGCAGACAGAAGAAGAAGUAACAGAGGAAGCAGAUCUAAUAGAAAGAAAAGAGAAGGACACAGGCACAGCUGAAAAUCUAAUGAAGGAACUACGGGAACAGAGGAAAAUUAUGGAAAAAGAGUUCAUGGAACUAAAAAAGGAACUACCAAAAAUGACAGCACUGAUAGAGGAAAACAGGAAAGAAGAGGAAACAUCAAAAAAGGAACUCAGGGAGGCACUUAAACAAGGGAUAAAUGAAGUUAAAUCAUAUGCCAGCGUGGCCGCGACAGCAGUUAACAAAGCAGAAAACGGUAAAGCAAAGAUGGAAUAUGAAAAGGCAAAGUACGCCAUAACAGUCGCAUCGGAAGGAAAGGAAACAAGUGGAGAGGUAUUGGAAGAAAUAAGAAAGGUAAUAGAUGCAAAGAAGACGGGCAUAAGGGUAGACAGGAUCAGAAAAAUAAAAGACCAAAGAGUAGUAAUAGGAUGUGAAGACAGAGAAGAAUUGGAAAAGGUAAAGAAUAAAUUAAAGACGAACAAUAAACUGCUAGUCGAAGAGGCCUCGAACAAGGACCCGCAAAUUAUUCUGAAGGAUGUCUUGAGUGUCCACACGGACGAGGAACUCGUGGCGGCACUCAAAACACAGAAUAAGGACUUAAUGAAGGGAAUGAAGAAGGAAGACGGGGAAAGGAUAAGGGUGAGAUAUAGAAGGAAGACGAGGAACCCACACACCAACCAUGUUGUACUGCUGGUCCCGCCAAAAAUGUGGCAAAACAUCACAGAGACGGGCAGAGUACACAUCGACCUACAGAGAGUGGUGGCGAUGGACCAAACACCCCUAAUUCAGUGCUCGAGAUGCCUGGGUUACGGCCACGGACGAAGACUCUGUAAAGAAGAGCAGGACACCUGCUCGCAUUGUGGGGGACCCCACAAAAAGGAAGCCUGCCCUGAAAACCAAAGCGGGACAAAGCCGUCCUGCAUAAAUUGCCGCAGGGCAAAUAUGGAAACGGUCAACCACAAUGCUUUCGAACAGGAGUGUCCGGUAAGGAGAAAAUGGGACAGAUUAGCAAGGGCCUCGGUGGCCUAUUGCUAA